GAGGAGCAGACACAGCACCUAGCUGGAGGGACAGGAUGGAGGGGCCCGUGUUAGCGCUGGGGCUGCUGGCCGCCCUGGCGGUGUGUGGCAGCUGGGGUCUCAACGAGGAGGAGCGGCUGAUCCAGCACCUGUUCAAGGAGAAGGGCUACGACAAGGAGGUCCGGCCGGUGGCUCGCCCGGAGGACAGCGUGAAGAUCACGCUGGGCCUCACCCUCUCCAACCUCAUCUCCCUGAAGGAAGUCGAGGAGACCCUCACCACGAACGUGUGGAUCGAGCACGGCUGGACGGACAGCCGGCUGCAGUGGGACGCCGAGGCCUUCGGGAACAUCAGCGUGCUGCGCCUGCCCCCGCACUUGCUGUGGCUCCCGGAGAUCGUGCUGGAGAACAACAACGACGGCUCCUUCGAGAUCUCCUACUCCUGCAACACUCUGAUCCACCCUUCGGGCUCCGUGUACUGGCUGCCACCCGCCAUCUUCCGCUCCUCCUGCCCCAUCUCCGUCACUUACUUCCCCUUCGACUGGCAGAACUGCUCCCUCAAGUUCAGCUCCCUCAAGUACACGGCCAAGGAGAUCACCCUGAGCCUGAAGGAGGAAGAGGAAGAAGACGGCCGCUCGUACCCCGUGGAGUGGAUCAUCAUCGACCCGGAGGGCUUCACAGAGAACGGGGAGUGGGAGAUCGUGCACCGGCCAGCCAGGGUCAACGUGGACCCCAGCACCCCGCCGGACAGUCCCGGCCACCAGGAUGUCACCUUCUACCUCAUCAUCCGCCGCAAGCCCCUCUUCUACAUCAUCAACAUCCUGGUGCCCUGCGUGCUCAUCUCCUUCAUGAUCAACCUGGUCUUCUACCUGCCGGCCGACUGUGGCGAGAAGACGUCGGUGGCGAUCUCGGUGCUCCUGGCGCAGUCUGUCUUCCUGCUGCUCAUCUCCAAGCGGCUGCCCCCCACGUCCAUUGCCAUCCCCCUCAUCGGCAAGUUCCUGCUCUUCGGCAUGGUGCUGGUGACCAUAGUGGUCAUAGUCUGCGUCGUCGUGCUCAACAUCCACUUCCGCACCCCCAGCACCCACGUGCUGUCCGAGGGCGUCAAGAAGCUCUUCCUAGAGACCCUGCCCAGGUUCCUGCACAUGACCCUCCCGGAGGAGGGCGCGCCCGGCCCUGGGGCCCUGGUGCGGCGGAGCAGCUCGCUGGGCUACAUCUCCAAGGCCGAGGAGUACUUCUCGCUCAAGUCCCGCAGCGACCUCAUGUUCGAGAAGCAGUCCGAGCGGCACGGGCUGGCCCGGCGCCUCACCACAGCCCGCCGGCCCCCCGCGGGCUCCGAGCAGGCCCAGCAGGAGCUGCUCAGUGAGCUGAGGCCGGUUGUGGAGGGGGCCAACUUCAUCGUGGGCCACGUGAGGGACCAGAACAACUACAGCGAGGAGAAGGACUGCUGGAACCGGGUGGCCCGCACGGUGGACCGGCUCUGCCUGUUCGUGGUGACGCCCAUCAUGGUGGUGGGCACGGCCUGGAUCUUCCUGCAGGGCGCCUACAACACCCCCCCAGCGCAGCCCUUCCCGGGGGACCCCUUCUCCUACCAGGAGCAGGACAGGCGCUUCAUCUAGAGCACGUUGCCUGGCCCAGCCCGGCCCGGCCCCAGGGCAGCUCUGGUGGGGCUUUUGGCCUGAAGGGGGUGGGCCUCCAGGGGUGGUAGGGGUGCCUAAGGAGGGGCAAGCUCUUCUAGGGAGGUGCCCCCGGCCCUGAGACGUGAGCCCCUUCGGUCCUGCAAGGCCGGCGUGAGACGCGCUGCUGAGACGGAGAAGGGGAGGGGGAAGGCCCGGUCCUCUGUGAAUGAAGGCAGUGGCCAGCAGAAGUCUGAGAGUGGGCACCCGCUGGCGGCUGGGGCGGGCAGGAGUCUCGUCCAGGGCCACUCAGGCUGGCCUUUGGGGGCCUGUCUGGGAGAAAGACAGAGGCUUCUUCUCGCUCCCCUCGCCCACGUUGGGGGCAGAGCUGGUGGGCCCUGUGCCCUCCCUUCCAGGCUCCUCCAGCUUCCCUGCUCCCGUCUGCCCUGCAGCCUCUGGCUUCCGAGGCCCCGCCCGGAGACCGGGUUGGGGGCGCCCCCCUCUCCAGACCCUGUAGGAAAGCCGGUUUGGGGCAGGAGCUGCAAAACGGCCUCUCUGGCUGGGUCCCUGUGGGAAGCUCGCCGCUGGGGUCCGGGGGGGGGGGGUUGGCCCAGCAGCCACCAAGGCCAAAGGUCAGCCUAGAGCCUCAGGACUCAGCCCCCGCCGCCCCCGCCCACCAGGGGUGUCCCCUCUUUGUCACCCAUUCUUCCUCUCCAAAGUAGGGUUGCCGGGCAAAAUUCGGGACUACUUACACUAAAAAAUGUGUUCGUAUUCGUCCGAAAUUCAAACUUAACCGGGCAUUUCAUGAAUUUAUUUGCCAAAACUAGCCACUCUACCCCAAAGGGAACUCCCGCCAGUCUUAGCCCAAGGGCCAAGGGCUGAGGCUGGAAGAGCUGGGAGAUGAGGCCAUGAGAGGUCGCCCGCCUGCAGGGCGACCCCAGGGGUCCCGGCCUCCUGGGCCACAUCCCUGGGAGGUGCCCUGUGCACCCGCACCAACCGGGGUGGGUCUGUGUGACCACAGAACGAGGCAGGGGUGACAGUGUGUCACUUCCGAGGUCUGGUUGCAGAAGACACGGCGGCACCCCCUUCUCACUUUCCCUCGGGGCAGCCGGCAGGCAAGAUGCGCGCCUGGUGGAGCGGCUCCUGCUGGCAGCCCUGGGAGUGAGCUGGGAGGUGGGCCCUCCAGCGCCCCGCCCCGCCCCUGUCCGCGUCCCCGCCCCCACGGACCUUCCCUUCGGAGGAGAUCGCAGCCCCGCGG